AUGGAGAGGUGGCAAAUCAGGCCGGAAAAUGAAUACUUUGAUCCUGUCCUCGCUUACACCAGGGUAAGGGCCAAGUGUAGGGAACCAUGUAAAUGGUUUGUAUUUGCUUCAAUAGAAAAGGUUCUGGGCACAAAGGACUUGGUAGUAAAGACUCUGCAUGAUGUUCAUGAAACAUGCAACCAUGCAUGGAAAAAUAAGAAUAUUACAGCCAAGUGGCUGUCUGACAGGUAUGUAGAAAGGAUAAGAUCAAAUAAUAAUCUGCCAACAAGAGAGUUAAGGCAAACAGUCCAUGAAGAUUACCAGACAGAAAUAUCUAAGCAUGUUGCAGCUAAGGCGAAGACACUAGCUAUAGAGAAGAUCAAGGGGUCAGCUGAGUCACAAUACAAGAAAAUAUGGCAAUAUUGUGAAGAGAUUAAAAGGACUCAUCCUGGCAGUACAAUGGAGGUUAUGUUCACUCCAUUUAGAGAACCUGGAUGUAAUCCAAGGUUCAUGAGGAUGUACUGCUGCCUUGGCCCACUGAAGAAAGGCUUUAAAGAUGGGUGCAGACCUAUUUUGUGUUUGGAUGGAUGUCAUAUUAAAGGUAGAUACCCAGGCAAGCUGUUGACAGCUAUUGCAGUGGACCCCAACAACGGCUUUUGGCCAGUUGCAUGGGCAGCUAUUGAAAAGGAGGCCACGGAGCAAUGGAGAUGGUUCCUAACCCUCUUGAGUGGCGACAUGGAAAUACAGAACCAGGGACAUUAUAUUUUCAUGUCCGACCAGCAGAAGGGACUAGACAGAGCACUCACAGAGGUUCUAUCAAAUUCCGAACACAGAUACUGUGUUCAACACAUGUAUAGGAAUUUCAAGAAGAAACAUCCAAGAUUAGGUUUAAAGGAUCGAUUGUGGCAUAUAGCAAGCACCACAACAGUUGAACAUUUCAACCAAACCUUGGAUGACCUUGAAGCCUAUGACAAAGAAGCAUAUGCAUGGCCUAUUAAUGGAGAUAUUCAGUGGCCACAGUCAGACAUGCUGGAGUUGGACCUACCAGCAAGUGUCACUCAACCUGGUAGGCCAAAGAAAGCUAGAAAGAGAGAUGUUACAGAAGGAAAAGAACAUGGCAAAAGGUUGCGAAAGAGGGUUGUAAUCCACUAUAGAAAGUGUGGAUGGAUUGGACAUAAUGCUAAAACUUGCAAGAAUCCUCCUAAGUCAUCUACUGAAUAG